AUGAAGAGAAAGAAGCCGAGACGCGCGAGCGGAGCGCACCAGGGCCCCGGGGAUGGCGAUGCCACUCCCGCAGCGGGCCAUGCGGACCGCCUGCGGCCCGACACCGGCGCCGCUGUCAAACAAUCCACGCAACACAACACGAAGGGGGCCGUGCGCUCGCAAACACCUCCAUCAGGCGCCCCUGCACAGCACGGCGGCAGCAUCAACAAACAGCAGUUCACCUUCCAGGUGAUCGCGUACGACGAUGUACCCGACGGCGGCGCACCUCCGCAUCCCACCCAGCCCGCCGCCCCUGCGCGAGACACCCCCUCCGCGGACGAAACAACCCCACCACCAUCACCAGCGCACGACACUCCCCCCCCCGGGACGCCCGCGCGGAGCCCGCCGCCCGAGCAGCGGCCGGACGACGCGCGCGAGCCGCCGAAACGCAAGCCCCCCGUCCUCCCCUGGAUGAAGAUUCCAGUAGCAGUCGACCCAUCAAAUCAACCCGACGCGGCGGAGCUGGAGGGCCUGCAUCCCGGCCUGGCCGCAGGGCUCAACGACCUCGGCAUCCGCAGCAUGUUUCCGAUCCAGGCGGCCGUGUGGAACAUCGCCCGCGGCGGCGUCGCGCAGCCGCACGACCUGUGCGUGUGUGCGCCUACAGGCAGCGGAAAGACGCUGGCGUUCGUGCUGCCGAUGCUCAACGACCUGGCCGCGCGGCCGACGACCCCCGCGCCGCGGACGUUCGGCCGGGGCCGCGCCGUCCGCGGCCUCGUCGUGCUGCCGACGCGGGGGCUGGCCACGCAGGUGUUCGAGGUCGUCGCGUCGCUGGCGCCACGUGUCGGCCUGAGCGUGGGUCUCGUGGCCGGGAGGGUGUCCUACGAGCUAGAGGCGAGGUCGCUGAUGGUUCGCGCCGCAGAGGGCGCGUCGUACGUCGCGGCGGACGUCCUCGUGGCCACGCCGGGGCGCCUGGUGACGCACCUGCGCGAGACCGCGGGGUUCCACGUGAGGAGGCUGGACUGGCUCAUCGUCGACGAGGCGGACAAGAUCCUGCGCCAGAGCUACUCGAACUGGCUGCGGCGCGUGCUCGCAGAGGCCCGCUGCGGUCCGCCGUGGGCGGGCGUGGCGCACGAGGGGGACGCCGUGGAGGCGGGCGUGAUCGGGGCGUGGCUGGACGAGGGAGAGGUGAGGGGGGAUCCGCGCUGGGGCGCCGUCGAGCGGUGGCUCGCCGUUCCGAGCGGAUUCAAGCAUGGGGAGCGCCGCGUGGUGAAGAUAGUGGCGUCGGCGACGCUGACGCGGGACCCGGCCAAGAUCGACAAGCUCGCGCUCAACUGCCCGAAGUACAUCGCGCUGACUGCGCAGGACCAGAGAUACAGCCUCCCGAGCACGCUAAAGGAGUGGAAGCACGUGGUUGACGGCCGGUACAAGCCCCACGCGCUGCUGGCGCUCCUGAGCCAAUUGUACCCCCGGAGGACUGUUGUGUUCUGUUCGGCGGUGGAGGGCGCGCGCCGCCUCCACCUCCUGAUCUCCCACGUCGUCCGCAACGCGCACGACGCUGUGCGCAUCGGGCAGCCCGUGGAGUACUCCAGCCGCGUCGCCCCGCGCGUCCGCGCACGUGCGCUCGAGCAGUUCCGCGCGGGGGAGUUUUCCGUGCUGGUGGCGUCGGACGCGGCGACCCGCGGCCUCGACGUCGCGGAGCUGGAGUGCGUGAUCAACUACGACAUGCCCGUGUACGCCAAGACGUACGUGCACCGGGCCGGCCGCACGGCGCGCGCGGGACGCACGGGGGAGUGUUUCACGCUGAUGCGGCCCGAGCAGGUGCGGUGGUUCAAGGACAUGCUGCGGAAGGCGGACAACAACUACGUGCGCGACUGGAAGAUCCCGCGCGAGGCCACGGACGCGCUGAAGCCCGCCGUGGACGCUGCGCUGGCAGCCAUGCACGCAACGCUGCGCGGCGGGGGCGCGGGCGACGGCGACGACGACGACCCCGUCCUGGGCGCGCGAGGGGGCGGGGACGACGACAGCGUGGCGCAGACGGUCACGGCGCAGCUGCUCAAGGCCGUCCAGCGCGCGAGAGAUGCCUUGCACAGCGACGGCGACGAUGCUGCCACAUGA